AACACAGAAGCACUGCUCGACGAACGGGACGGGAAGGAAGCAGAAGGUCACUCCCGAUGAAGGAAAUGAGUCGAGAUGAAGAGCUACAGCAUCAGCAGCUAAACUUGUUUCCACUGCACCCAGAGAAUCUGUUCGAAGAGAGAGACGUUCAGGAUGAAAACGUAGCUUACUUAUUUGAUGCCGAUGGUGGGGUCAGCUUGAACGGUCUCCUUGGAGUUGCAGGUGGAGUAUUGUCUCCGUCGGAGGAAGAAGAAGAUGAGGAGGAGGAGCAGGAGGUGGAGGAGUGUGGAGGACAGGAAAACGAUGAAGUUGGGAGUUCGUUGGCUAGAACGGCGUUGAGGCACCGGGAGAGGGAAGCGAGUGAGGAAAAGUGGGUGGUUUACUCGGAAGUGGUUGAGAAUAGCAACAGCAAUGAAGCCAUGAGCAUCAGCACUCCUAGCUGCCGCAACAACAGCAACAGAAAAAACUUCUGCAAUAAGUUACCAUUCUCAUCUUUAUCUUCAUGGUAUAAUCAUCAUCAUCAUCAUCAUCAUCAUCAAGGGAAUCAAGGUCUGUGGUUGAAGCUGGACUACGAGGAGAUCUUGAACGCCUGGUCCGACAAAUCCCCUCUUUAUAUCCAAGGCGAUUCUCCGCAAACCGUUCCUGACGUUCUUGAUGAUUCCCUUUCCAACGGAUUGAUGGACGGCGACGCAGGGGUAUUUAGAGUUCCGGACAUUGGGAGCAGCAUGGUAGGAGGGGAGGAGCAAGCGGAAAUGGAAGGUACGAAGAAGGGGCAGAGGCAGGCGAGGGUGCUGAGAUACAAGCAGAAGCGUCAGAGUAGGCUUUUCUCCAAGCGCAUCAGAUACGAAGUUCGAAAGCUCAAUGCUGAGAAGCGGCCUCGGAUGAAGGGUCGAUUUGUGAAGAGGAACUAAAGGAAAGUUCCAGAGUAUAAAUUGUGUCUUUAUAAGAGGAAAUU